GAUGGGAAACUGUACUGGUGCGAUGCCCGGACAGACAAGAUCGAGCGUAUCGACCUGGAGACAGGCGAGGGCCGGGAGGUUGUGCUGGCCAGCAACAACAUGGACAUGUUCUCUGUCUCUGUCUUCGAGGAUUACAUCUACUGGAGUGACCGGACCCAUGCGAACGGCUCCAUCAAGAGGGGCAGCAAGGACAAUGCUACCGAGUCGGUGUCUCUGCGCACAGGCAUCGGCGUCCAGCUCAAGGACAUCAAAGUCUUCAACCGGGCCCGGCAGAAGGGCACCAACAUCUGUUCCCAGAGCAAUGGGGGCUGUGAGCAGCUGUGCCUGUUCCGGGGCGGGGGCCGGCGAACAUGUGCAUGUGCCCACGGCAUGCUGGCCGAGGACGGUGUGAGCUGCCGUGACUAUGACGGCUACCUGCUCUACUCGGAGCGCACCAUCCUCAAGAGCAUACACCUGUCGGACGAGACCAACCUCAACGCGCCCAUCAAGCCCUUCGAAGACGCCGAGCACAUGAAAAACGUUAUCGCAUUGGCCUUUGACUACCAGGGUGGGGUGCAGGGUGCCAGCCGCAUCUUCUACAGUGACAUCCACUUUGGCAACAUCCAGCAGAUCAACGACGACGGCACCGGGCGCAAGACCAUCGUGGAGAAUGUGGGCUCAGUGGAGGGGCUGGCUUACCACCGGGGCUGGGACACGCUCUACUGGACCAGCUACACCACGUCCACCAUCACGCGGCACACAGUGGACCAGAGCCGUGUGGGCGCCUUUGAGCGCGAGACUGUCAUCACCAUGUCGAGUGACGACCACCCCCGUGCCUUCGUGCUGGAUGAGUGCCAGAACCUGAUGUUUUGGACCAACUGGAAUGAGCAGCACCCUAGCAUCAUGCGUGCCACGCUGGGAGGUGCCAACGUCAUCAUCAUCAUCGACCAGGACAUCCGCACACCCAAUGGGCUGGCCAUCGACCACCAGGCUGAGAAGCUCUACUUCUCUGAUGCCACGCUGGACAAGAUUGAGCGCUGCGAGUAUGAUGGCUCCCAUCGCUAUGUGAUCCUGAAGUCAGAGCCGGUGCACCCAUUUGGCCUGGCCGUGUACAGCGACUACAUCUUCUGGACGGACUGGGUGCGCCGCGCCGUGCAGCGUGCCAACAAGCACAUGGGCUCCGACAUGCGGCUGCUGCGUGUCGACAUCCCCCAGCAGCCCAUGGGCAUCAUCGCCGUGGCCAACGACACCAACAGCUGUGAGCUGUCCCCGUGCCGUGUGAACAACGGGGGCUGCCAGGACCUGUGCCUCCUCACACCCCGGGGGCAAGUGAACUGCUCGUGCCGUGGCGAUCGGGUGCUGCAGGACGACCUCACAUGCAAAGCUCCCAACUCCACUUGCAACGCGCACGAGGAGUUCGAGUGCGGCAAUGGCGACUGCAUCGACUUUGCGCUCACCUGCGACAGCGUUGCCCACUGCAAGGACAAGUCGGACGAGAAGCAGUCCUACUGCAGCAGCCGCAAGUGCAAGAAGGGCUACCUGCACUGCAUGAACGGGCGCUGUGUGGCCACGCGUGACUGGUGCAAUGGAGUCGACAACUGUGGUGACAACUCUGACGAAGUCCCAUGCAACAAGACCAGUUGCACUGCCACGGAGUUCCGGUGCCGUGAUGGGAGAUGCAUCGGGAACUCGAGCCGCUGCAACCAGAUCAUCGACUGUGAGGAUGCAUCCGACGAGAUGAACUGCACCGCCACUGACUGCAGCAGCUACUUUAAGCUGGGGGUGAAGGGCAUGACGUUCCAGCAGUGCGAGCACACGUCACUGUGCUACGCCCCGACCUGGGUCUGUGAUGGCGCCAACGACUGCGGUGACUACUCCGACGAGCGAAAUUGCCCUGGCAUGCGGAAGCCCAAGUGCCCGGCCAACUACUUUGCUUGCCCCAGUGGGCGCUGCAUCCCCAUGACCUGGACCUGCGACAAGGAGGACGACUGCGAGAACGGCGAGGACGAGACCCACUGCAACAAGUUCUGCUACCCCAUGCAGUUUGAGUGCAAGAACCACCGCUGCAUCUCUAAGCUGUGGGUGUGCGAUGGCGCCGACGACUGCGGGGACGGCUCCGACGAGGGCACCCACUGCCGCCUGACGACCUGCAGUGCUGGGUCCUUCCAGUGCCCGGGCACCUACGUGUGCGUGCCUGAGCGCUGGCUCUGUGACGGCGACAAGGACUGCGCCGAUGGUGCUGACGAGACCCUUGCUGCCGGCUGCUUGUACAACAACACGUGCGACGAGCGGGAGUUCAUGUGUGCCAACCGGCAGUGCAUCCCCAAGCACUUUGUGUGCGACCACGACCAUGACUGCAGUGACGGCUCGGACGAGUCCCUGGAGUGCGAGUACCCGACGUGCGGCCCCCAUGAGUUCCGCUGCGCCAACGGGCGCUGCCUGAGCAACGCACAGUGGGAGUGCGACGGCGAGUUCGACUGCCACGACCACUCAGACGAGGCACCCAAGAACCCGCGCUGCACCAGCUCCGAGAGCAAGUGCAACGACUCGUUCUUCCUGUGCAAGACGGGGGCCUGCGUGCCCGAGGCGCUGCUGUGCGACGGCCGUGCUGAUUGUGCUGAUGGCUCCGACGAGCUCAAUUGCUUCAUCAAUGAGUGCCUCAAUCGUAAGCUCAGCGGCUGCUCCCAGGACUGUGAGGACCUGCGCAUCGGCUACAAGUGCCGGUGCCGCCCCGGGUUCCGGCUGAAGGACGACGGGAAGACAUGCGUGGAUGUGGACGAGUGCUCCACCACCUACCCCUGCAGCCAGAUCUGCAUCAACACGCUGGGCAGCUACAAGUGCCUGUGCCGCCAGGGCUACCGCCUGCGGCCCGACAACCCCACCAGCUGCAAAGCCGUGUCCGGUGAUGAGCCCUUCCUUAUCUUUGCCAACCGCUACUACCUGCGCAAGCUUAACCUGGAUGGCUCCAACUACACGCUGCUCAAGCAGGGCCUAAACAACGCGGUGGCCUUGGACUUUGACUACCGGGAGCAGAUGAUCUACUGGACCGACGUGACCACGCAGGGCAGCAUGAUCCGGCGCAUGCACAUCAACGGUAGCAAUGUGCAGGUGCUGCACCGCACAGGCCUCAGCAACCCAGAUGGGCUGGCUGUGGACUGGGUGGGGGGCAACCUGUACUGGUGCGACAAGGGCCGAGACACUAUUGAGGUGUCUAAGCUCAACGGGGCCUAUCGCACAGUGCUGGUCAACUCGGGUCUGCGCGAGCCCCGCGCCCUCGUGGUCGACGUGCAGAACGGUUACCUGUACUGGACAGACUGGGGUGACCACUCCCUGAUCGGGAAGAUUGGGAUGGACGGCACCAAGCGCAGUGUGGUCGUGGACACCAGGAUCACGUGGCCCAACGGCCUCACGCUCGACUACAUCAAUGGGCGCAUCUACUGGGCCGAUGCCCGCGAGGACUACAUCGAGUUUGCCAGCCUGGAUGGCUCCAACCGGCACACAGUGCUGAGCCAGGACAUCCCACACAUCUUCGCCCUGACGCUCUUCGAGGACUUCAUCUACUGGACGGACUGGGAGACCAAGUCCAUCAACCGGGCUCACAAGACCACGGGCGCCAACAAGACCAUGUUGAUCAGCACCCUGCACCGGCCCAUGGACAUCCACAUCUAUCACCCCUACCGCCAGCCCGAUGUGCCCGACCACCCCUGCAAGGUGAGCAACGGAGGCUGCAGCAACCUCUGCUUGCUGUCCCCGGGUGGGGGGCACAAGUGCGCCUGCCCCACCAACUUCUACCUGGGCGGCGAUGGCAAGACCUGCGUCUCCAACUGCACUGCCAGCCAGUUCGUGUGCAAGAACGACAAGUGCAUCCCUUUCUGGUGGAAAUGCGACACGGAGGACGACUGUGGGGACCGCUCCGACGAGCCCGAGGACUGCCCUGAGUUCAAGUGCCGCCCGGGCCAGUUCCAGUGCUCGACGGGGAUCUGCACCAACCCAGCCUUCAUCUGCGACGGCGACAAUGACUGCCAGGACAACUCUGAUGAGGCCAACUGCGAGAUCCACGUGUGCCUGCCCAGCCAGUUCAAGUGCACCAACACCAACCGCUGCAUCCCUGGCAUCUUCCGCUGCAAUGGGCAGGACAACUGUGGGGACGGCGAGGACGAGAAGGACUGUCGUGAGNUGACCUGCGCCCCCAACCAGUUCCAGUGUGCCAUCACCAAGCGCUGCAUCCCGCGCGUGUGGGUGUGCGACCGCGACAACGACUGUGCCGACGGCUCUGAUGAGCCCGCCAAUUGCACCCAGAUGACGUGCGGCCUGGACGAGUUCCGCUGCAAGGACUCGGGGCGCUGCAUCCCAGCGCGCUGGAAGUGCGACGGCGAGGACGACUGUGGCGACGGCUCCGAUGAGCCCAAGGAGGAGUGUGUGAAGUUCCAGUGCCCCCCGGACCGGCCGUUCCGCUGCAAGAACGAGCGCGUCUGCCUGUGGAUCGGGCGCCAGUGUGACGGCGUCGACAACUGCGGUGACGGCACUGACGAGCGUGACUGUGAGUCUCCCAAGCCCCGGAAUUGCAGCCAGGAGAAGAGCGAGUUCCUCUGCAAUAACGGGCGCUGUGUGAGCGCCAAUCUGCACUGCAACUUCUUUGAUGACUGCAGCGACGGCUCUGACGAGGAGCACUGCUACCAGGACCCCAAGAUGUACGACUGCCAGACCAACGUGAGCAUGUGCAGGGAUGAGGCCAAGUGCGUUCAGUCGCCGACGGCCACAUACUGCGCCUGCCCCAGCGGCUUCCAGAAGGUGCCCACCAAGAACGCCUGCCAAGACAUCAACGAGUGCCUGCAGUUCGGGACCUGCUCUCAGCUCUGCAACAACACCAAGGGCUCCUACGUCUGCAGCUGCUCCCGCAACUUUGUUAAGACCCACCACACCUGCAAGGCCGAAGGCUCAGAGCACCAGAUCCUGUACAUCGCGGACGACAACAAGAUCCGCAGCAUGUUCCCCUUCAACCCCAACUCGGCUCACGAGCCGGCCUUCCAGGGCGAUGAGGACGUGCGCAUCGAUGCCAUGGACAUCUACGUCAAGGGCAACAAGAUCUACUGGACCAACUGGCACACAGGCCGUAUCUCCUACCGUGAGCUGCCCGCCUCCUCCGCUGCCUCCACUGCUGCCAACCGCAACCGGCGCCAGCUGGACAGCACCGUUACCCACCUCAAUAUCUCAGGGCUGAAGAUGCCACGGGGCAUCGCGGUGGACUGGGUGGCUGGGAACGUGUACUGGACAGACGCUGGGCGCGACGUCAUCGAGGUGGCACAGAUGAAGGGCGAGAACCACAAGACGCUCAUCUCGGCCAUGAUCGACGAGCCGCACGCCAUUGUCGUGGACCCACUGCGGGGGACCAUGUACUGGUCGGACUGGGGCAACCACCCCAAAAUCGAGACGGCUGCCAUGGAUGGGACCCUGAGGGAGACGCUGGUGCAGAACAAUAUCCAGUGGCCCACGGGCCUGGCCGUGGACUACCACAACGAGCGGCUGUACUGGGCCGACGCCAAACUCUCUGUCAUCGGCAGCAUCCGCCUCAAUGGCACUGACCCCGUGGUGGCUAUCGACAACAAGAAGGGCCUGAGCCACCCCUUCAGCAUCGAAAUCUUCGAGGACUACAUCUAUGGCGUCACCUACAUCAACAACCUCAUCUUCCGCAUCCACAAGUUUGGACGUGAGCCCGUGGUCAACCUGACGUCGGGCCUCAACCACGCCACCGACGUGGUGCUCUACCACCAGCACAAGCAGCCGGAUGUGACCAACCCAUGCGACCGCAAGAAGUGCGAGUGGCUCUGCCUGCUCAGCCCCAGCGGCCCCGUCUGCACCUGCCCCAACGGCAAGCGGCUGGACAAUGGCACCUGUGUGGUUGUGCCCUCCCCCACCAUCUCGCCCGUCGCGCCCACCAGCGAUACCUGCAGCCUGGUCUGCCUGAACGGGGGCAGCUGCUUCCUCAAUGCCCGCAAGCAGGCCAAGUGCCGGUGCCAGCCACGCUACAACGGCGACAAGUGCCAGGUCGACCAGUGCUGGGAGUACUGCCAGAACGGCGGCACCUGCACCGCCUCCCGCUCCGGGGUGCCAACGUGCCGCUGCCCCACCGGGUUCACGGGACCAUGGUGCAACCAGCAGGUGUGCAUGGACUACUGCUACCACAACGGCACCUGCACCGUCAACCAGGGCAACCAGCCCAACUGCCGCUGCCUGCCCGAAUUCAGUGGUGACAAGUGCCAGUUCCGCCAGUGCUUUGAGUACUGCGAGAACGAGGGCAUAUGCCAGCUGGCGCCAGAUGGCACCAAGCAGUGCCGCUGCCCGCCGCAGUAUGAAGGCGCCCGCUGUCAGGACAACAAGUGCUCGCGCUGCCAGGAGGGCACCUGCAACAUCAACAAGCAGAGCGGGGACGUCACCUGCGUCUGCCCUGGGGGCAAGGUGGCCCCCAACUGCCUGAGCUGCGACAACUACUGCCUGCACGGGGGCACCUGCACCAUCAACCCCAAGACACAGCUGCCUGAGUGCCAAUGCAUCGUCGGGCAGACAGGGCAGCGCUGCGAGGAGCUCGCCAUCAGCGAGCAGCAGAACAACCGAACAACACCCAUUGUCAUCAGCAUUGUGCUGGUCCUACUAAUUGUGCUGGCCGUGCUGGCCUUCCUCUGGUACAAGCGGCGCAUUAAAGGGGCCAAGGGCUUCCAGCACCAGCGGAUGACGAACGGGGCCAUGAACGUGGAGAUCGGGAACCCCACCUACAAGAUGUACGAGGGGGAGCCCGAGGACGAUGGGGAGCUGCUGGACGCCGACUUCCCCCUCGAUCCUGACAAGGUGGGGGGG